AGUGCCUCGCUGGGCCCCGCGCUGUCAACUUUGUCGGGGCUGACGUGCGUCGAGUUACGCCGGCGGAGAGACGUAGUCAGCAACUAACGAUAAACCGAAAUCCAAGGUGCAACGCGAAAAAAGUUCACCACCACCGCCACCACCACCACCUUUCCUUGCCCCAGCUGACGCCAGUUUAUAAGUUAAAACGCGUGAACGUGAACCUAGAUCCGAUCAUUCCCUCGGCGGUGCAGUACCUGGUAUUGAUACAUUGUUCAGUAACGGGGUGCAAUUUAACUGCAACGACGGAAGCGAAAUAAUGAGAAGAAGAAAAAACGUGCACGAGAUAGUUCAAGAUUUCCUUCAACUACCAAAACCCUGCAGUGCUGUAAUUCGUCAUGUUCACUUUGUAAUUGUUCAAUUUUAUAAGGACACAUGUAGGAAUGUUUUAAUUACUGCUGAGUUCUGAUGGUGAAGAGUGAAAUUUUUAACGUAUAAUUUUAUCGCAACAAUUUGUUACUCAGUGCGGAGAUUUUUGUUUACAACUUUUGAUCAUAUACGACUGAAGAGUUCGAAUAUUAUCGACGUAAUAAGACAGCAGAUGCUCGGUACAAGAUACAAUUGAUCAUAUAGAUUAUCUUCACACGACUCACCGAUUACCGAUGAUCAGUUGUUUGGAAAUCGAAAUUUAAACACUUUGUUAUCAACAUCGUCGGCAUUAUUGCGCCCAUCGUGAAUUACAAGUGCAGAUCAGACAAAGCUGCAGAUCUGGAUUAUCGGAGUAGUGGUGUUUUAACAGUGACCAAGUACCGUCGAACACCGUUAAUUACAAAUCAACGAUUUAAUCAUCGGGUGAAGUGCUCAGUGAGAAGCGCAGAAAUAGGGGGUCCCAGCGCUAUGCAGAGGGCCAGCAUUGGCGGAGGUCCCGGGCCUCUGGGCCUGCAGGGGCCCCCACGGUCCCUAAAAAUAUCGCCUGUCAAAAUUCAAGAUGAGUCCGGAGACCCUUUGUCCCAAACAAGCAGGACUUCCCACUGCGUCGGAUGCGGUGGACGGAUACACGACCAAUGGAUACUCCGGGUUGCACCUGACCUCGAAUGGCACGCGGCGUGUCUGCGAUGCGCCGAAUGCCAGCAAUUCUUAGACGAAACUUGUACCUGCUUCGUACGCGAUGGGAAAACCUACUGCAAACGAGACUAUGUCAAGUUGUUCGGUACGAAAUGCGACAAGUGCAGCCAGUCCUUUAGUAAAAACGAUUUCGUAAUGCGGGCGAAGAGCAAGAUCUACCAUAUCGAGUGUUUUCGGUGCUCAGCCUGCAUGCGGCAGUUGGUACCCGGCGACGAAUUCGCCCUGAGACACGACGGGCUCUUUUGUCGCCACGACCACGACGUUCUCGAAGGUGGCAAGCUCUGUUCUGGCCCCGGUGGAGUCCCCGGUAGCGAAAACAACAACAACGCCUCCCUAACGAACAACAACCACCACCUCCAUCCGAACGACGGUUCGAUGUCUGACUCCGGGUCAGAAAGCGGGUCUCACAAGGCUGGAACCGGUGGACCUCGAGGAUCUGGAGGUCACAAAGGUGGCGGUGGAUCCGACGGGAAACCGACCAGGGUGCGGACGGUGCUUAACGAAAAACAGCUACACACCUUGAGGACCUGCUACGCGGCGAAUCCGAGACCGGACGCUCUGAUGAAGGAACAACUCGUCGAGAUGACCGGACUCAGUCCCAGGGUCAUCAGGGUCUGGUUUCAGAACAAACGGUGCAAGGACAAGAAGAAAACCAUCGCCAUGAAGCAACAGAUGCAGCAAGAAAAGUAUUUCCCGUUGCAGGACGGGCGAAAAUUGGGCUUCGGCGGGAUGCACGGGAUCCCAAUGGUAGCCAGCAGUCCGGUACGCCACGAAAGUCCAAUCGGAAUGACGCCCCUCGAGGUCCAAGCGUAUCAACCGCCCUGGAAGGCUCUUUCAGACUUCGCCCUCCACACGGAUCUCGAUCGGCUCGAUCCAAACGCCCCGCCGUUUCAUCACCUGGUCUCGCAGAUGCAUGGCUACGACCUUCACGGAGGACCCCCACCCCCUCUGCCUCCUCCAGGUAUGCUUGGCGGUCCGAUGAGCGACGGAGGCGGCGGUGGAGGCCCUUUGCCACCCCCGGGUGGUCACCACCCUGGCGGAGGUGGUCCGGACAUGGGCCAACACCCGGACAGCACGGAUAGCUACGUGACGUAUCUCGAAAGCGACAGCGACUCCCUUCACCACGACACAGGAAGUCCAUAGUGCCAUCCGCUCAACUUGUGUUGCACCUACUACCAAUCCUCUGCCGUCGUCGCACCUGCAGCCUCGUCCGAAAUAGUACCGUGCAUCACCUACAGCGUGCCCUAGCCAAGAACGUUUAAAAAGCGUUCCAAAACUGUUAUAGUCGGUAAAUAGUGAAGUAAUAGAGGUAGGUGUGUGUGUGUGUGUGUGUGCGUGCGUGUUUGUGCGCUACUGCUGUUUAAAAUUGUUACCAUCUUUAGUGCGGAACGGAAUAUUGUGCGAAUCAAGUGCGGGCUCGUUGUUCUCAUUAUUAUAAUUAUUUUCUAUUAAUGUUGCAUCUGUUACGUUUCAACGUACGACAGCGAAAACUGCAGGAAAUAAUCAAUCUGAUCGAAAAGUUAUAAAGCGAUAAGUAUGCAACGCCGAGAAAGUCUCGUUGAUUGUUAUUUUUUUGUUUUUUUUUUUUUACCUUUCCUUUAACAUUUGAAUUGAUACUCUGUUGUUUCAAUUUUUUAUAAGGGCGCGGGAGUUUGACAGAUUUGCGUAUAACCUUGUAGUGCAAGAUGUAAUUAUAAUUAUCUUAUUGGUUUUUCUCUGCGAAAUUAAUCGAAAAACUAAGGAUCGGUGAUUCGGACUUUAAUGAAUCAGGAUCUGUAUGAACUUUCAUCGUUCAAAAUAUGAAAUUUUAAUUUUCAAGGCAUGAAUAAUAUUAAUUAAUUUUGCGAAGUUUCAUUCUUGGACAAUUCCUCCGGGAAGAUUCAAUCGUGCAACGUCAAUCGAUCGUCAGACAAUAUUUAAGAGUUCUUCCAUCCCAGAAUUGCUAAAAUAAAAAUAUUUUCAAACAGGUAACCGUGGGUGACAGAUAUCGCGUGUAUGACUAAUGAAUAUUUCAUUUCGUUGAAUGACGGUCAGAGUUGGAACGAUGCAUAUUAAGCAAUCAAUUUUAUUUUCUGUACGACGUUUCGGCAGGACCCGCCUAUCAUCAUCAGGUUUUUUUAAUAUAAAUAAUAACACAUUUUUAUAUGACUUACACUUGUUCACUAACUUUCGCUUUAAGAAUAUUGCACAGCUGGUUAAUUAUUUAUCUCUAUUACAUCUAAAUACUUUAUAGUAUUUUUAAAAUUCACAAUGCACAUAAAUGCCAACGUUUAAUAUUUUAUCUUAUUGUUUAAGCUGCUAUGGAAGAUUAAAUUAUUUAACACUUGUAUAAAUCGACAUUCCCUAACGCUUGCGAUGUUAAUUGCAUGGUGUUCGAGAUGAAAGUGAAUACCAACAUAACUAUACCGACCGAACUGUUCUCACGACGGUCAAUUUUAACAACAAUAUUUGUAAGUCAAGUACCUGGUUACGUAUUUGUUUGUGGACUGGCGUAAUUGCUUAAAUAAAAUUCUAUGCCAAUUUCUAUUGACAAUUUAGAUGAUGUUCGAAUAGAGGUCACUCAGGUUUUGUAUGUCAGUUCUUUUGUUGACUCUACUGUUUUUCGGUAUGUGUAACAUUUCCUUGAUAAGCCUUUUGUGCCAGUCGAAACUGCUAUACUAGAACACACCAACAUUGUAUAUAAAAUCGAAUCUAAGGCUGUGACAAGUGUUAUAUAGGCCAAUCGCCACAUCACCUCAAAAAAACGAAUAGCAAAUCAUAAGUAUGAUUUAAAAACGCGUGAUCCUGAUAGAUCUGCUCUGGCUCAGCAUUCAUUGGUUGAAGGGCAUGAUUUCGACUUUGAAAAUGAAAAAAUAAUUUACAAACAAACCAACUGGCAUAGAACGCUUAUCAACGAAAUGAUACACAUAUCUAGAAACAAUACAGUCAACAGAAGAACUGCCAUACAAUACCUGAGUCACCUCUAUUCGGACGUCCUCUAAAUUGUCAAUAGAAAUUGGCAUAGAAUUUUAUGUAAGCAAUUGCGCCAGUACACAAACAAGUACGUAACCAGGUACUUGACUUACAAAUAUUGUUGUUAAAAUUGACCAUCGUAAGAACAGUUCGGUUGGUGGUAUAGUUAUGUUGGUAUUCACUUCCUUCUCGAACACCAUGCGAUUAACAUCGCAAGCGUUAAAGAAUGUCGAUUUAUACAAGUGUUUAAAAAAUUCAAUCUUCCAUAGUAGUUUAAACAAUAAGAUAAAAUAUUAAACGUUGGCGUUUAUGUACAUUAUGAAAUUUAAAAACAGUAUAAAGUAUUUAGAUGUAAUAGAGAUAAAUAAUUAACCAGCUGUGCAAUAUUCUUAACGUGACAGUUAGUGAACAAGUGUAAGUCAUAUAAAAAUGUGUUAUUAUUUAUAUUAAAGAAACCUGACGAUGGUAGGCGGGACCUGCCGAAACGUCGUACAGAAAAUAAAAUUGGUUGCUUAAUGUGCGUGGUUCCAACUCUGACCGUGAUCCAACGAAAUCAAAUAUUCAUAGUAUCCACACGGUCACGAACUUCAACUCAUCUGUAUAAUCAAUUGACAGAGUAAUUUGUUGCAAAGCUGAAAAGGAUCCUGAAAUUCUAAUACCCAUGGAUAUGUAAUUCGUAGAGUUUAUAGAUACAUCAAUUUUGGCAAAAUUAGAUGUACCGUGGAUUCACUAAAACAUGCACAUAACAUGUGUAUCUUAAGCUUGCGAGGCUUGUCCUGAAACAUAAAUCACACGCUGUUUGUACACAGGAAAAUCGUUGUAUGUACAGCUAUACAUAUAUGCAUACAAACGUCGAAACACUGAGAAGAUAUCGUCGCUAUAAUAUACUCAGGCACAAGAAAUAAUUUAGUAUAAAUAUCGAAUAACGUACAUGUAUACAUAUAAGUGUAUAUAUUAUAUACAGAUUAUUAUUAUUAUUAAUAUUAUUAUAUUGCCAUUACGGAUACGCGUAUGUCAUAACCCCAAAAUAAGUUAUAUAUACUUGUAUUAAUAUCAAAUUUUAACCAAUGUUAUAUGUAUACGUAAAAUAUUAUACAUAUAAUAUUUGUUUUUGUUACAUGUUUUAUUUUAUUUUUCUUUCAUUACGUUUCUCUAUUUACUUUAGCCUUUCAUUUUUACUUAAUACCAAAGUGUGCAGGUCGCGAUACAUAAUUCAAACGCACUAAACUAUACAUAUACAUAUAAAUAUAAGAUUGUAAAUAAUAUUGAUGAAUAUUUUAAUUCAAACUAACUGUAAUAACUAAUUGAUUAUUGAAUAAUAAUAGUAAUAAUAAUAAUAAUAACAAUAAUAACAAUAAUAAUAUUAAUAGUAAUCAAGAACAAAUCUGAUAAUAUUUGUAUUGUAUCCUGUAUAUUGAAAUAAUUAUAUACGUAUACUACUGCAUCUGCUGCACCUAUGCGGUAGCUUUGUAUAAACUCGUUAUAUAUACGUACGCCACAAGCUCUCUUGUAUAUGUAUUAUAUAAUAGGUAUAAAGAAUCGUACGAUCAAUUCUUAUGUAGUAAUUAUCUAUAAUAGUAAUAACGUAAUAUGUUUCCAAAAUUUGGUCAAAUAUUGGAUUUGUAUAAUAUUUCUACACCGGCACAAUAUGUAUAUAUCAUACACACAACACAUAUUAUAAAUAUGUGUAUUAUAUGCAUAUACAGAUUAGUGUGAUGAUUACAUGAAUAUAUGUAUAUGUGUAUACACAUAUGUAUAUACAUAUAUAAAUAAGCGCAAUAAAUUGUCGACUUCAAUAUACCUUACCGUUUUAUCGCUUACUCAAGUAUCGCACGGAUACCUAUAAAAAUUUUUCUAAUAGCUCUCAGCUUGAUUGUUAAAAAAAUUGAUAAAAUAUUACGUUUUUACGAGUUUUAACGUUAUCAUUUACGUGGCAGAAUUACUUAGUUAAUU